AUGUCUUUCUAUCUCUUCUUUCCACCGGGCGGCGACCUACCGCCCAUCGCCGUCUAUCACUUCGAGCACAACGACACGUGGAUCGCCAUUCGCGGGGACUACAACGCCCUUCUCAAGAGCCCGCGCUAUGAACGGUUCCAGAUUCCGUCCCUUCGUCAAGACCGCCUAGGACCUCAGUGGAUACUCCUCCCGUUCAUCUGGCGCCCUUACGCCGUCACCACGAUCAUCUCGGACAGGGACCCCGCCGCGCCAGUCCUGUGGAAGCCGGACGUGAAGGACUUGCUCUUCGAAAACGGAACCUGUCGCGUGAAGCCGGAGAUAGCGGAGAGGAUGCUGAAGUGCGCGAGGACGUUUGCGGAGAUCGGUGAGCGGCUGCGGACCAACACUCCCCUCCCCUUCUUCCUCAAGGAUGGAACGCGCAUCCGGCCCUCCAAUUUCGACUUCCAGCGCAUCCUAGAGGACGGACGGCCGGGCCAAAUCCUCGACCACGCACACGACUUCUGCAUAGCCGCCCUCGAUCAUAUCGCCUUCGUCGGCUGGUACACCCUCUCCUUCAAAGGCUACGAAGACGCUCUCAGUCCUCCCCAAUUGGAGGUGGUGAGGCUCUGCGAGUUCGAGAAGCGUCCCAAGAGAGGCUGCCUCCUCAACCUCCUGGUCGACUACACCCUCGCCAGCUUCGAACUGUGGAUUCAGCACCGAGUACCCAUCUACUACCUCUUCACCGAAGCAAUGUCCUACGUCGACCGUUUCGUGAGGGUGCGGCCGGACGUGAUCCUGGACUACCGAGAGCGGGCGGCUGCGGGCGCCUUGAGCGAGGAGCUGAUAGCGCACUACCGGGCCAACGAGCCCGCGGUCCUCAAAUACGACGAUUUCUUCCAAAUACGCCGCCCGUUGACGCAACCCGACUUAUUCGACACGCCAAUCCCUAUCUACGACCCCAAGACUCACUACUCGAUCCAAGUCUGCCAAGGAUACCGGCCGUAUGUCAUCCGCAAUCCCCCUCUCAUCAAACUCUUGCUACCCCGCUACGAAGCGGUCGCCCACAAUACGCAAUUUCCGAGAGUGGACAUAGCGCGAUGGGCGCCCAGGGCCAUCAACGGGGAGCCCCAAGAGAGCGACGUCUUCCUCAUGGACCGAGGUUUCAGCGACCCCACGACGACGGACGACCUCCUCGACGACCAUGCCUUCGACGUCAAUUCAGGCUGGAUCAACAACAACUACCUCCACCUGCGCGAGCUCUUCAAGCCCGCCUUCGCUCCCGGGCUGGGGGAAUCCUACGCGCUGGACGGCAGUCGACUUCUCUUUCCUGCUCAAGCAGACGACUGGCUCAGGGAGUACGAAAGGGAGCUGGUAGCGAGAGCGGUGCACGACGGGAAGCCUCGCCCACGGGAAUACCAGGACUACCAUGACUGGGAAGUCGGGUGGGGAGGAGAGAUCGACGGGCUCACGGAGCGGACGACGAAGGAGGGGAGUUCGAGCGUCACGGAGGAGGGAAGGGACACCGAGAUGGGCAACGCGAGCGACUCGGAAGAAGACAGGGACGAGGAGUACUCGACGGCGCCAGCGUCAACGCGCCCGCCUCUGGACCAGCGUAUCACCGACCCAGUCACAGGAGAGUCAGCCGCCACUUGGACCCGGCCCCUAUCGGAGCGUAUCUCUCCGCCAGAUCCUAGUGCGCGUCGUCGGGGCCGACGAGACCGCUGGGAGGAGGAGAGCGAGGACGGUUCCAGCACACCGCCUAGCAGCGUCGCCUCUUCCAACCGUGUGUGGCUGAACGCCAGAAGGAGCGCCUCGCCGACACGUAGCUCCCGGUUGGCCGACCCCGGGCGAGUCUCAAGCAAGCUCUAUUCUCCCGACAGCAAACGCUGGGAGGCACUACUGGAGGCGUUCAACCGACAGCUGGAAGAGCUUGGGCAAGUCAUGACCGCCCCGCGAGGUACCUAUGUUCGCGACGACGUGCGACGUCCCCGACUAGACUGGGAUCGGGACUUCGUGGAGAGGGGCCUCCUGCAAGUACACAGCUGGCAGGACCGAGUGUGUCUUGUUCUUUACGCCCUCUUCCAUCAUUCGCUGCGCACGCCUAUCCAUUUCCUCGACUUCGUUCUCGAGAAAGGCAUGAAGGUGACCUACCUCAUCCCAAGGGACCCCAUUCCCUCCAUGGCGCGAAUAGGCCCACAAGGCGCUCCCUCGGCCACCGUCUUCCCCCCGCUCUCCGGCUCUAACCCUACAGAGAUAUUCCAACUCUGGGAAGCGCUCCUCGACGGCCCGAUCUGGGCGAAGACGCAUUUCCCCGCUUUCUUGCAGGAGGGAGGGACCGUCAGCUACGUCGUCCGCCACUACGCCAGGAGGUAUCUAGACGUAGCCGGCGCGGGCGUCAGCGCCGAGACGCGCGUCUACGCGCGCAACAGCCAGCCGCUGCCCGCCAAGAAGUUUGGCAAUGGAUUCUUCGUGGUCAGCGAUCGCGCGGGGGAAACGGAGCUCGCGGUCAUCGGCGGGCGAGUCGCGAACCAGCGUGACGCGCUGAACCCGUACUAUGUCGUGCCGCCUACGGCCACCUUCGACUCGAAGGGAUGGGACAUCGGCAAUGGGGAGUGGUCGGCGGCGGAGGAGGAGUACUUGAACGAGGUCAUCCAGCGCUGGCGCACGGGGCGCGAGACGAUCCUUCGCACGCAGACUCAGUGGAACCGACACGCCAGCGACUGGGCGUACCAUUACAAGCAGCGUCGACCCCACGAGGCCCGCCAGACGGCGCCGCCUUCCGAGGGAGAAUGCGAGCAGUGGUGCGCGAAGCUGGAAGAGGCCUACGGCAUCUCUCUAGAGUUCCGCAGGAUCUCCGACCUCGGCAAGCCGCUGGCGAUCAAGAACCUGCGGCAGUUCCGCUGAGCGCGCGCGUCGCAGGCGAAGAGUGGGGGGCUUUGUGAGGAGGAUGGGAUGGACUGGCAUGGACUCUUCCCCCGCAACGCGGCUCGGACCCAGGGGGGCUCUUUUUCGUUUACUUACCUUUUACUUACCUUUACGACCUGCAUGACACUUACUACGUACUC